AUGUUGGAGGCUAUUGGAUCAGAAAGUCAAACCCGCCUGACUGCAAAUGUGGCCUUGAAUCGACCAGUUCCUGAGGGCACCGAGGUGACACUAAUAUGCUCCACUGACACCUCUAAUGGCGAUGGAAGUGGUGCUCUCAGGAUUCUAAGACGUCGCAGUGGAGGGGGAGGCAUUGAUGGUUUUGAAGAUCUCGCUAACUUUGCAACAAAAAUAGUUCAAAUCAGUCCCGACAAGCCAGACAUUGCAGCGACAUUCACGGUUUCUAGACAAGAUGAUGGAGCUGUUUUCAUCUGCGGAGACGUUGAAACACUCGGUUUCCAAUCUCAAAACCCUACUGCAACGGUGAUAAUUGGAGUUCAAUGCAAGUUUAUUUAA